AUGCCCCCCAAAGAGAAAUAUACCGAUCCCGAACUCAGGGAUGAAAUCAAAAAAGAAGUCCACAAUAGCGACAAAGGUGGGAAACCAGGACAAUGGUCUGCACGAAAGGCACAAAUGAUGGCAUCGGAAUAUAAAAAGCGCGGUGGCGGUUACAAUACCACAAAGGAAGAAGGCCAGACGGAGUCUCAGAAACACCUCGAUAAUUGGACAAAAGAGGAGUGGCAGACGAAGGAGGGAUCAGGUACGGCGCGACAGGAUGAUGAUUCGCGUAAACGGUACCUGCCUAAGAAGGCGUGGGAGAAUCUGAGCGAAAAGGAAAAGGACGAGACAGACGAGAAGAAGGUUGAGGAGUCACAGGGUGGGAAGCAGUUUGUUAGCAACACCGCGAAGGCAAAGGAGGCGAGACGGAGGGCCAGUUCUGAUGUUGAGGAUGAGAGUUAG